AUUAAAUAGAUCAGUUAUAAUGAGUGUGCGUGGUUAUAGUCCGAGUACCCCAAAUGGAGCAGGAAUACCCUACGGUCAGCCUCAAAUGGGAUACCCCAAUGCGGGUGGUGGCGGCGGCGGACCUCCCCAGAUGAUGGAUCCCAAUCUGCAGCAGCAGCAAAUGGGCGGAGGAUAUGCGAUGCCUCCAGGUGCAUAUAACAGGGGAACAAGGAUGGAACAUGUAUCCAAUAAAACUUUGAGCAACAGAUCCUUCGGAGCCGUACUUCCAGCGACAGCGAGGAAUGAAGAGUUGAAUAGUGGAGUGGUGCGGCAGAUCCAGAUGGACUGGGACAACAGACAGUACCUGGAGGCGAUCACUCUCGGCAUCAAGAAGAUUGCCGACUUCCUGAACAAGUUCAACGUCUCAUGCCACACCCGCCUAGCAUUCCUCAACGAAAGACUCUCUCAUCUGGAACGACAGCUGGACUACAUUCAAGCCAAGGUGCCAAGGAGUAGUGUCGGGCAGAGUGGGCAGUCGCAUACCUGAGGUCAGUCGUCAUCUAUCAAACACCUGACGAUCAUUAUGACGUCACGCAAAAAGGCGCGUUGACUAACCAUGAGUGGUACCUGCAGCGUCUUCUCAAAAUUAACAAACAGAUCUCUAUGCGAAGAAUAUGGAACAAUGCAAAUACUGCGAUGACUCUAAUUGAAUAAUUUUGUUGAUUUUCCAUUUUUGAAUAUUUACUGAGCUCGAAAAAUUCUGAAGCUGCUUCUAAAUUCUAUUUAUGUUUAUGAAUUGUAUCCACCAUCAAAAAUGCCUGCAAAAGAUUUACUAAAAUUUGCGACUUCUUGUUUCACACUUAUUGGCAAAUAGGCAGGCAACAAAAAGUUUUUUUUUGACCAGAAUAAGCUUUAUCAAAAGCAUUUUUGUAAGCUUUAACUUCAUUUGUUGAAAUAUACUAUCAAAAUUUACACGAAGAAACACAUGUUACUUCCAGUUGGUUUUAUUUUGCACCCAAAUCGUUUGCCGUAUUUCAAAUUUUAUAGGUUAUCAUUAGUU